UCGCGGUGAGGAGCUUGGGAUAUGACACACAGACCUGGUGAUGCUGACUCACCUCACCUGGCCAGACGCAUGACGAAAGAACAGUCUACAUAUUCAGACAUGUUGAUGUGUCACGUACUACUAAUCAUGCUGGUAUGGAAUGUCAGAGCUGACCAAAACUGUCCAUGGGGCAAAUAUGGAGAUGGAUGUGACAAAAACUGCUCUGAUCACUGUAGGAUAUCACCUGAUCUUGGCAUUAUUCACUGUGACAGGACCAGUGGAAGAUGUUCUGAAGGAUGCAUUCCAGGCUGGUAUGAUGAUACAUGCAAUAAAGAAUGCAGCAAGAACUGUAUCAACUACACCUGCAAUCACCAAGAUGGAGUGUGUACAAGAGGCUGUAAAGAUGGCGAAAAGGGGAACUUUUGUGAAAUUUCAGGGGAAGAACAUGAAACCAAGGGGAAUGACAACACAACACCUCUAUGGAAGAUAUUCGUCCCUGUUAUUGUCUUCAUUUUUGUGUUGCUGGUCUUCAUGGUUCAAAUCGGUAUCGGAGGUCAAAGGAAAAAUAGGUUACUCAAAUGGCCAAUUCCUGACUCACCACUCCAUAAGGCCAGCGCUGAAGGGAAUCUGGACCGCGCGAAAGAGAUCAUGCAUGAGGAUUUAUUAAAUGCCAACUCUCGAGGGUCGUAUGGAUUGACACCAUUGAUGUUGGCAGCAUUGAAUGGGCACUACGAUGUCUUUGAAUAUCUCAAACAAGAAGGAGGUGAUAUGACACUAAAGGAUCGUGGCGGGGAUCACAUUCUCAGCAUGGCCUGUGUGGGGGGAAAUAUGGACAUAGUAAAGUAUGUAGUCUUACUUAAACCUACCCUUAUAAACAAAAAGAGAAUCGACGGAAGAACCGCAUUGAUGUGCGCUGCAUGUCAUGGGAAGAAAACCGUGUUUGAGUAUCUGCUGGAUGAAAAUGCUUUGUUAAUAGACAAUAAUGAUGGAGACAAUAUCCUUCAUUAUGCCUGCCAUGGAGGACACAUUGACAUUGUGAAACAUAUCAUCGAUGAGGCAAAGCUAAAUAUCAACACUAGAGACAUACUUGGAAGAACAGCAUUAAUGAUAGCAGCUACGUACGGACAUAAAGAUGUGUUUGAAUUACUUGUUGAGAAAGACAGUGACAUAUCACGCACAGAUAAGGAAGGAAACAAUAUACUCCAUAUGGCAUGCCGUGGAGGACAUGUGAAGAUGGUGGAGCAUGUCCUCUCACAGAAAUAUAUUGACAUCAACUGCCGAGGGCAGUAUGGGGGAACACCACUGAUGUUCGCAGCAUUUCAUGGACGCAGGGAGGUAUUUGACCUACUUAUGACGAAAGGAGCUAAUGCAACACUUGUUUGUAACAAGGGGAACAACCUCCUACACGUGGCUUGCAUUGGAGGAUACGUAAAAAUGGUGAAGCACAUCCUGCCAAAGGGCCUAGUGGACAUCGACAGCCAAGGACAGGAAGGGAGGACACCGCUAGUGUUGGCAGUACAGUGGGAACGAGGAGCAGUGUUUGACUUACUUGUGAGCGAACAAGCUUCCAUGGUUGCAAAACGCAAGCACCACAUGAAAUUGCGUGACAUCCUCGCGUCAAAAGACGGUGAAGUAUGACGAAUUACAUAACACGCCCACGAAUGUCCAGAACAUAUUAUUAGUGACGUUGGUAUGAAUAAAUAUGGAUGAAACUUGAUGUGUAAUUCAAAACAGUAAAGACAACACAGCGAAAAGAUUAGCUCCUCAUUAUGACAUUGAAGAAUCUUUUUGAUUUUGGGUACGCAAGAAACAUAUGAUCGUGUGUCCGAAUCCCCGUUCGCUCCAGUUCUAUUCCUAGGCUGGUCAGCACAUUCACGUGCUCGAGGAUUUCACCAAAGUGCUAACAGUCUGAGACAUGUGUCAUAGCGACCGAUUUGGGACAACCUUUGUCUGAAAUGAACAGUCAAUUACUAAGGUUCAUUACAUUACCCUGUAUAGUCCGUCAACCUAAUUUGUAGACACCGUUUUUCUCAAAAUAAAUCUAAUUAGUUCAAAUUCAUGUAAUAAUAUGUACACACAUCGAAAUAUUUCCCUGUGCCAACGUUUAAACUUUCUUAAACUCUUGUGAAAAAGCUCCGGGGUAGAAUAGGUCUUCAGGAAACCAUGCUUGCAAUAAAAGGCGCUAUGCUUGUCGUAAAAGCCGACUAACGGAAUCGGGUUCUCAGGCUCGCUGACUUGGUUGAUGCAGGUAAUCGAUCCCAAUUGCGUGAGAUUACACAACAAUUUGAAGCGUCAUCGGAGGUUUGACAUCUUGCUUGUACAUGUUUCACUAAUACUCCAACUUGAGGUACGAUUGUAUAAGGUGUCCAUCUGUAAAUAAGCACAUUUUUGGAAUUUUAUGUUUACUGUCUGGUGCUGACACUCGUUGGAAACAACUGUUUCUCAGUGUCGAUCUCGCAUGCAAUUUUCUCAUACCAAGCACUGACAACAUACAGGCUUAAUACAUGUCUGAUCUUAUUUUUCAUAUCCUUCUACUUCUAUUUCGUGUUAGUAAUAAUAUAGCUUACAUGUGCACGUGUCUGUGACAUUCGCACAGCGUGACUCUUCAGCGUUGUUGUUUCUUUAGUUAGUUCGUAUUUAUGCCUUAGUUAUUUGGGUUUGUGUCAAAAUUAUAAUAAUAUCGCCUGAGGUACUUGUCUUGCUAAACAGUCCUUUGUUACAGUAUGUUAUUAGGACUUGUGUGGGCAUCGUUUACUGCAAUACAUGAACGCUGAGUCGGGUUUACAUCUUUACAUGUUUGUCAACUGUGUGUUGUGUAAUGUUUGAUUUCAGAUGUUUGAAAUUUGGAAUUGUCUUUGAUUUCAGCUUUGACCACACCAACAGUGAUCGUAUUACAUAUUGAUUAUAUCUAAUAUUUAUCUUUUGUUAACACGAUUGUUAUAUUUGUUACAGAUUUGUGUGGUUACACAGUUUGCUUCAAAUGUAUUGUGUUUUUUAAAAGUUAUGAGAAAGGACAUAUUUGCCUUGUAGUUGUAGAUUCUUUCAUGCUACUUACUACACAGUUGUUACUUAUUUAUAACUUGCUUCUCAUUACUUAGAACUUUGAA